AUGUUCAAGAAAUAAGUAAAAAUACAGAAUUCACAUUCAGUGGCAAAUAAGGAUAAAAAGAAGCUCAAAGAAUAGCUUGUCGCAUUAAGGUAUGAUGUAAAAGCAGCUGAAAUUUUCCUUGAUGAUAAAAACUAUGAUAACAAUGAAUUGAUGAUGGAUAAAAUACAGGCAUCAAAAGCAGUGAUAUAUUAAAGGAAUAAGGUGCCACUGAUGUUCACUCCUGAUUCAAAGCUAGGUUAUUACUUUCCAACUAUCUACCUUUUAUUUCAGCUCUAAGAAAUUGGUUUAAUGAAGUGUUACCUCAAAGCAGGAGUAGAGCAGUAUAUAUUUAAUGGGGCUGAUUUAAUGUGGCCAGGUAUAAAAGCAUUUGAUUAGGAAUCAUUCAAAGUAAACUAGCUUGUGGUGGUCUAUGCUAAAAAUUAGUAAUAAAUAGGUGUUGAAAACAUGGAAUACUUCCCUAUAGCAGUUGGUAAAAUACUUGCGAACCAGAUUCCUGAUAAUCUUAAAGGAAAAGCAAUUCAGGUAGAGCAUUAUCUAUAUGAUGAAUUGUGGGAGAUGGGGCCCAAAAAGAUUCCUGAUGAAAUUAAAAUUGAUAAAGCUGCAGGCUUACCUGAUGGGAGUUAGGAGGAAGAAACUAAAUAAGAAGAGGCUAAGUAAUCUGAUACUAUUUAGAACUCAGAGAGUAAUUUGUAAGAAGAAUCUAAAGGAGAUGUUACUGAAGAUAACUAGACAAAAUAGGAUUAGGAGGAGAAUAAGGGAGAAACACCAAUUUAGGGAGAUGAAGAAGAAGGACUAUUAGGAUCUAUACCAACAGAAGAGAUGGAGCCUAGAAUAAUAGAAGCCUUUUUUAGGUCAAUAGUUGAGGGAAUCUAGGACGCAGAUAUCCCAAUGGAACCUUCAGAUCUUACCAAAGAUCAUAUGAAUCUUUUUUCUGAUAUCAACUAUAAACUUGACUUCAAGCAGACUUCUUGGAAGAGGAUAGGAAAAUUCUUAGAAGUCAUGCACAAAAGAGGAAUCAUAGAUUACAGUGAACCCAAAGGAGUGAAUCAUAAAAUCAUUACUAAGAUUCAUAGGCUUAAUGAAGAACUGAAGAGUUAUGUUCCAAGGUUUUCCUUGAGAAAAAGUAAAAAGCCGACAGUUCAAAAUCAAAAUCAAGACUCAUAGAUGAAUCAAUAAAGAGUUGAGAUAAAUGAGGUGUAUUAGUUCUCUAAACACUUUAAUGCUGUUGUUAUGAAUGUUAAAGAAAUGGAUUAAACCUAAAAGUACUUCACAUUGAAAGAUGCUAGAGAUCUAAUUAGUCAGUAUAUAAAAGAGAAUGAUCUUGAGGCUAAUGCGAAGAAAGGAUGUAUAAAGCUAGAUCCAAUUCUUGCUUAGAUAAUCUAAAAUAAGAGGUCUAUUGAUUCUGAUAGCUAAAUUAAAAAAGAUGAGAUUUUCAAGUGCAUUCAGGAUCAUUUGAUUGAAUGCUAUUCAGUGACAUUAUGCGAUAAUAAUGAAAUAACUAUAAGAGAUAGAGUGAAAUAUCAUAAAGGUAAAAUUCCUCAGGUCAAAGUUCAUGCCAGAAGAGUACAUAAUAAAAAACAAACGUUAAUUACUGGAUUGGAACUCUAUCAAAUCGAUUACGAGGAACUUUGCACUUAUCUAUAAAACAAACUAGCAUGUUCAGUUACACACCAGGACCUUGAACAGACUUCAAAGAAUCCUAAUUAAGGAGUUUAUAUUCAAGGGAAUCACUUAGAUUUGGUAAGUAGCGAAAUUCUUCCAAAGAGGUAUGGAGUCCCUGCAAAGUAUAUUACAAAAAUAAACGAUUUAGGUCAGAAAAAGGGUAAAAAGUGA